AUGCGAACGGUAUACUCAGUCGGCUUCUUGGUCUUGGUCUCUCUUGCUGCGCGGGCUCAGUCACCGCUUUACGGGCAAUGUGGUGGUGUAGGUUGGUCUGGUGCAACGACCUGUGUUACAGGCGCAGUUUGCUCCGCAUUGAAUGACUACUAUUCGCAAUGCAUUCCCGGGACCGCAGCUCCUCCUUCAUCCACAGCGUCCACGUCAGGCUCUUCUUCCCCCUCAUCCACCCCCAGCACCCCAACCUCAACAGCCGCCCCCGUCCCCGUCCCCAGCGGAAAGCUCCAAUUCACCGGAGUCAACAUGGCUGGCUUUGACUUUGGGUGUAACUCUGACGGUAUCUGCACGGUCAGCGCCGCUUGGCCUCCGCUGACUCAGUACUACGGCGCGGACGGGGCUGGGCAGAUGAAGCAUUUCGUGGAAGAUGACGGAUUCAAUACAUUCCGACUUCCAGUCGGGUGGCAGUUCCUCGUGAAAGAUGUCCUAGGAGGACCAAUCGAUGAAGCGAACUUUGCAAUCUAUGACGACCUUGUCCAGACCUGCCUAUCCACAGGCGCGUACUGCAUCAUCGAUGUGCACAAUUAUGCCCGUUGGAAUGGAAAGGUAAAGUUAUUCAGUCCUAUUAUCAUCGGCCAAGGUGGCCCAACCGACGCCGAGUUCGCCUCUUUGUGGUCAGGUAUAGCUUCAAAAUACGCGGACAACCCAAGGAUCCUAUUCGGGGUUAUGAACGAACCUCACGACGUCCCCGACAUCGAGAGAUGGGCACAAUCUGUACAAGCAGCCGUGACUGCCAUUAGAGAAGCUGGAGCGACAACCCAGUUAAUCCUACUUCCCGGAAAUAACUGGACUUCUGCAGCCACAUUUAUUUCCAAUGGCUCCGCUGCGGCGUUAAGCAAGGUCACCAACCCAGAUGGCAGCAUCACUGGCCUCAUCUUCGAUGUCCACAAGUACCUCGACUACGACAAUAGCGGAACAAACGCAGAAUGUGUCACUGACAAUAUCGCCGACGCUUGGGCACCGCUUGCCGAGUACCUCCGUGCUAAUAAAAGACAGGCAAUCAACACCGAGACUGGUGGUGGUAACGUUGCUUCGUGCGUGCAAUACAUGUGCCAGCAAGUAGCUUUCCAGGAAGCUAAUUCUGAUGUCUUCUUGGGAUUCACUGGGUGGUCCGCAGGCAACUUCUACCCGACGUAUGUUCUCGGAGAAGUCCCAACCGAUACCGGUUCUGGCUGGACGGAUACCCUGCUUGUUGAAAGUUGCUUAAAGAGAAAGUGA